AUGGGGACGCCCUGCCACAAGGUUUGCCGUUGUUUUCCGCUCUUUUCCGCCGUUUCCCGCUUGCCAGCGCCAUUCAUCGCUCCCUCCCCCUGCACUCCCUUCCCUCCCUGCCCUUCCCUCCGCGCCCCUCCGCUCAUACCGCCGUCGCCAUGCACGUCUGCGACUGUGCGGACGUCCACUCCCCCCGCUCUGCUUCUCCCCCCUCUUUUCCCUCACCUUCCCCGCCCCACCCCCACUCUGACCUCCCCCGCCUCCCCUUGUACCAUCGCCAGUGACGUGGCAGGGCGUGGCGCUACCGGGAGUGACGUGGCAUGGCGUGGUGCUGCCGGGAGUGACGUGGCGAAGCGUCGGAGUGACGUGGCGAGGCGUGGCGCUGCCGGGAGUGACGUGGCGACGCGUGGCGCUGAAGGGAGUGACGUGGCGACGCGUGGGGCUGCGGGGAGUGACGUGACGACGUGUGGCGCUGCUGGCGGUGACGUGGCGACGCGUGGCGCUGCUGGCGGUGACGUGGCGACACGUGGCUCUGCUGGCGGUGACGUGGCGUCGCAUGGCACUGCCGUCGGUGACGUGGCGACGCGUGGCUCUGCUGGUGGUGACGUGGCAACGCGUGGCACUGCCAUCGGUGACGUGGCGAUGCGUGGCGCUGCUGGCGGUGAUGUGGCGACGCGUGGCUCUGCUGGCGGUGACGUGGCGACGCUUGGCGCUGCUGGUGGUGACGUGGUGCGGCGCUGCCGGUGGUGA